GAGUUUUGAAAGAGGUUGGAACGUAUGCUCGCAUAUCACGUUAAUGGUAUUUGCAUAGAAAUUCUAAACUUAUAUUUGAUUUGUAUAUCGAUUGAGGACACGAGCCCAACAUUCAUGGGAUAACAGUCGAGAAAACAUGCGUUAUCGUUGACACAACACCCAUUAGACUGUGCCGAGAAUACGGCCGUCGUUUCCACGUCGUUGUCCAAAAGACUGCACGAGAAUUUACCGUAUACACCAAGUUUGUUUAUCUUUAUUUGUUGAAAGAUUGACUUUCGCUGAAUGGUUAAUGCACUUCAACCAUAACACUGGAAAUAGCUUCACGUUGAGGACGUCCUACAUCGGCCUGGCUCUCCACUCGUCGGAAAGGCCACACCUGUAAACAAACUCGUCAAUGAAUGAGCAUCCAUGGUGAUAAAGUCAUUCAGCAGAAGCUCUAUAAACUGACGUGAUUCAGCUGCGUCAAGAACCAGUUAAUUUUGGUGAGUGGUGAAUACACGUGCUCCUCGUCGCUCCUUGCUCUCGUGUUCUACCCAGGCUUUCCUAAUGGGUGGAAAACACGCGCCAACAACAGAUGCUGCUCCGUCAAGUGCGUUACCGUCAGCGAUGAAUCAAGGGAAAGGAACGAAGGAUGAUCCGUACUACUCUCCGAAAUGCCGUCUGCGUCGCAGUGACCCGUCUGCCGACCAACUCGUCCAGUUUUUGCGCGGUAAUCAAGGCCUGCAGCGCGAGACAACAGAGAUGCGGCUGCUUCGUCGAGCGCCACUGCCAGGAAUUGGACAAUCAUUGACCCCAAGGUCAAAUGCGCUGAAUCCUAUCAAUCCUGUAAACUCUCCCAUUACGAUUCCUCAGCAGUUUCAUCAUGAUGAAAACGAAUUCAAUGAAUUCAGAUUCAGUAAGGACGAUAAUUUAGAGCGGGUGGGUGUAUCAUCCGACGAAUCGGACUCUGAGUACGACCUCAGCCAUACAUAUGGGACGCGGAUGAUGAGAGUUCCAAGUCCUCCAAGGUCAACAAUAACUCUAAAUCCAGCCGGACUAAACCUUUCAAAUUCCUCGCAUUUGGUGCCAAAAAAACAGAUAAAACCUCAGCGGAAACAAAAAAACACUGUUUACAAACUGAACGCUAAAAACAAACGGUUUGAGUCGGUGCAGCGGCGGGCGACAGCAGACGUUCGGUAUUUACCUCCGAUACGCCGAGACGACAUCCCUGAUCGGCCGUCUGCGCCCCGACCCAACCGGACGCCCCCGCUCAUCGAGAGCGAUGAUGAUUAUUAUGACGCCACCAUCGCGGAAGAGCCAAUAGACUAUAUCGAUCAGGACUGAUUUGUUUAUCAAUCAAUAAGCAGAGUCUUUCAAAUUUGAAAGACUCUGCUAUAAGUAACUAUUUCAUCAGGGACUUGUUUUCCAAAAUACCUCUUGCUUACUAUAUAGCUUAGGUGAAACGGGAGAGAUACUGUCUUCUUGAAGACAGCACAGCUGACAGUCAGCGCCAGAAGUCAGCUCCUUAUCAAAAUGAAAGUCAGAACAUCUUUUGGUCGCAAGAUUCUUGCCCGCGCAACAACUGCUUUUAUCAGAACUUCUGCACGCGUGGCAGGUUUACGGGUUACAAAUAUCAGGUUUAAACUAGAUAAGGCUUGCUGAAUCGAUUCUGACGCUGUAGCUGCCAACUAAGCAGUUAUUUGACUGGUUGCAUUUCCUAUCCUUCAAUUGAAUGAGUAGUUUUAGGAUUGAAAACACGAUUGAAACACAUCAAAAUUGUGCCAUCACAAGCGUGCUAGCAGCUGAAGGAUCAAUCGAAAACUUGCAAAAUGAAUAUCAUUUUCAUGAUAUUUCAGUUUUUAGUUUUUCGGCGUUGCACUGGUGCUUAUUUGCAACGAAUGCAGAUUGGGGUUGGGGACCCAGGGGAAAGGUAACGUUGAAAAAUGAGUUGACUCUUCAAAAAGAGUGCUAUAUAAUCCGUCAAAUAGCUACUUUCAGUAUUUCUAAUUUUACGGGUAAUUUCUUGGCAUUGUAUUUAGCAAACUCUUUACCUUUUUCGGUAUGAAAUGCGUACUGGCAAAGAAGACCAUAUGCGCGCGCUAAAAAGCAAAUAUAAAAUACCCAACAUAGAUGAAAGGUAGCCUAUACGAGUGGACUUCAUACCUCCGGCGAAAUUCCAGUAGGGUCACGACGCCGGAACGGGGGAUGAUGAUGAUGGUGAUGGGGAUGAUAAAGCCCCAUGACUUCAAACGAUAAGUUCGAAAAGGGUUUUGUUGAGAGUGAAUAACUUUAACUAAAACGUCAACAAUUUAUGAUACAUGUUAAACGUAUGUUGUAAGAUGUAGAUUCCUCCGCUAAGUGAUUCGAGGUGCGUUUUGAAGCUUUGUUUUUACGUCAUUUUCGUUUAUUUGCUUGGUAAUUUAAUUGGUGACAUCACCGACGAGGCUCAUUGGCCAAACAAACAACAUUUCUGUCAAUCAUUUUAAAGUUUUGUCCGAAUAUUUCUUCAUGUUAAAUGAAUAAAAUACUGUACUUUGCAAAUAGUUCUAUUCUUGGAACAAGGGGGGGGGGGCAGCGUUUAAAGUGGAUUGAAAGGCUUCCUGUCUCUUUGCUUGCACCUAAUGAUAAACGAAAACCACGUGGUUGAUAAAACACUGUUAUUACGAUCUGCUUCUUUUACGUGGUGUUCUCUGUGACAUCGUAGAUGUAUGACGUCAUCUUCGUCUUUUCUCGGUAACGUUCGGGACUUUCUGGGGUAACAAACCGCCUAGGUUACAACCUUUACUAUAGACAGUCUUUUAACUUUCCUUAACGGGAGUAUUUUUUUGCAACGAGUUAUUUUUCAAUGACACUGAAGUGACAAUAGUUUACAUUGUAACUCGAAUAGGAUUGAGUGACGUACUAUUUGAAGGUUAUUUCAGUUAUGUGUAUCCUAAUGAAAUCAAUGGCAGCAGUUUAUUAGACCAAUAAAAUACAUUCAUUUGGUAAAA